AUGUUUGUUUCUGCUCAAGUACGAAAGGAUUUGAACAGUGUGUUCAAUGAUCUUUCUCUUGUGGACAAAUGUUUACCUGUGUUGAUCAUUUUAGCUAUAGUUAUUGGGAUCUUGCUUUCAGUGCAUGUUCCUUCUAGUAGACAAGCUUUCGAUGGCGCUCAAGUUGUAGGUGUUUCGAUUCCGUUGGCUGUCGGCUUGGUAGUUAUGAUGAUUCCUCCGUUGUGCAAAGUUGAAUGGGAACACUUUUUUCUGUUCUUUUCUAAAGCAACAUACUUGAAACCUAUUGUUGUUUCGCUUGUGAUCAACUGGAUAAUAGGACCCUUUGUCAUGUUUGGACUUGCUUGGUUGACGUUGUUUGACGAAGACGAAUACAGAACUGGUAUUAUCAUGAUAGGUUUGGCACGUUGUAUUGCCAUGGUAUUACUCUGGAAUGAAAUUGCCAGAGGCGAUAACACUUUGUGUGCUAUUAUUGUAUUAAUCAAUAGCUUGCUUCAGGUUGUUCUCUAUGCUCCGUACCAGAUAUUCUUCUGUUACGUGAUCACAGGCGAUUACAACUCCAGUGUAGUGGAUGCCGGUAUUUCGUACUCAUUGGUUUCUAAGAGUGUAGCAUUCUUCUUGGGUAUUCCUUUGGGUUUUGGCUUAUUGAUCAGAUUCGUUUCGAUGUCAUUGUUUGGUCUUGAAACCUACGAAAAGAAGAUGUUGCCUUUCAUCAGUCCCUGGGCAUUGCUUGGUCUUUUGUAUACCAUCGUUGUGAUCUUUAUUGACAAGGGUAACGACUUUAUAAAGGAGAUCGGAAGUGCCUUGCGCUGCUUUGUGCCUUUGGUAGCCUACUUUAUCAUCAUGUGGUUUGGUACAUUCUUCUUUCUUAGAUGGAUGUCUGACUCUAGUAAGUUUGGGCAGCUUAGCAGACUCAGCAAUAGUAAAGUAAACAGCUGUGACUCUGGUGAAUCAGAUCGUUUGUUGUGCGGCUGCGAAGAAAAGAUUACCCAGAGUCCACAUAAAUGGGUUAGUGGAUGUUCUGCUAAUUACGCCCAAACUAUAACCGAGACAUUUACUGCUGCGUCCAACAACUUCGAGUUGAGUUUGGCCGUGGCCAUCUCGUUGUAUGGAUCUGGUAGUAAACAGGCUAUUGCAGCUACUUUCGGACCUCUUUUGGAAGUCCCGAUCUUGUUAAUUCUAGCAUUUGUAGCCAAAUACUUCCGGGUUAGGUUUAUCUGGUCGGAUAUCGAAGAAGAGGUAGAAGAAGAAAUGGAAACUACGGCUUAGUGUAUAGAGUAAUGUUGUUAGGACUAUAGUAAUGUGACAUUG